CGCUAACAGUUCUAUAAGAAAGUUCCGCAGAAAAGCUUACUGACUAUAGUGAAUUAAGCAAUGAGUGAAGAUGGUUGUGCUUCGUUGGAUAAUUCCGCUAAUUUUAGUAGCUACCAGUUUGGCGGACUGUAAUCAUGACCGACCUCCGAUUGCACGGUAUGGUAGCGACGAUCCGUAUGACAAGGAGGAGGCAUCCAGGGUUGCGAUGCAGAUCGACGAGCUGGACGAGGAUGAUAAACAGAAUCCCUGGGAGUUGAGCGGUUUAUUCGAAGGUGAUAUAGUGCUGGAUAAAAAAGUAUCUCGUAACGGAGCGCUUAAGGAGAAGUACCGAUGGACCAAAGGAAUUGUUCCGUACUACAUUGCAGAGAAUAACUUCUCGGAUGAAGAGAAGCAAGCGAUCCGGAAAGGGCUCAGGGCUAUUGCAGAGCAAAGUUGUAUCAAGUUUCGUCGGUAUCGCAAAGAGGAUACCAGUUGGGUGGUCUUCCGAUCAAACAGUAGCGGGUGCUGGUCCUAUGUUGGCAUGCGCCCUGGAGGUCAAACAAUUAAUCUGCAAGCACCGCGUUGCAUAAAGCAUGGGACCGUGAUUCAUGAGGCGCUUCACGCGUUAGGAUUUUGGCACCAACAUAGUUCCCGCGAUCGGGAUAAGUACGUGCGCAUCUUGUGGGAAAACAUCAUACCUAGUAAAAAGCAUAACUUCAAAAAGUGCAAUUGUACAGACUUUGGGGUCGCGUACGACUACGGUAGUAUUAUGCACUACACUUCGAUGGUGUUUUCGAAGAACGGUAAACCGACGAUUAAGCCUCUGCAAGAGGCCCUGAUAAUGGGACAGAAUUUUUAUCUGAGUACCGGAGAUGCGCUCAAGUUGCGGCGCAUGUACAAGCGCCAAUGCUCGCGGCGGCGCAACACGCAAAACUGGGAACCAUUUUCUGAACAUUUCAGUUCGAUGGACGAUAUUUUUGGAUAG